CGCUUUCCAGCAGUGCUUGGAUUAAUGUAUUGCUGUAGAAGAAACUUCAUAGCAUUUAAGCACAUCACCCUGAAUUCUUGCCACCUUUGUCAGCUUUCUACUGGGAAUCCAUUAUAUGAAACUUAUUACAAACAGGUAGAUCCAGCAUACACAGGAAGAGUUGGAGCAAGCGAAGCUGCACUGUUUCUUAAAAAAUCCGGUCUCUCUGAUAUUAUCCUUGGAAAAAUAUGGGAUUUGGCUGACCCAGAAGGUAAAGGGUACUUAGAUAAACAGGGUUUCUAUGUCGCAUUGCGCCUUGUAGCAUGUGCACAGAACGGCCACGAUGUUAACCUGAGCAGUUUGAACUUGACUGUGCCACCUCCUAAAUUUCAUGACACUAGCAGUCCCUUGCUGAUGACACCACCUGCAACAGAGGCUCACUGGGCUGUUAGGGUGGAAGAAAAAGCAAAGUUUGAUGGUAUUUUUGAAAGCCUUUUGCCAGUAAAUGGUUUACUUUCAGGAGACAAAGUAAAACCAGUACUGAUGAAUUCAAAGCUACCUCUUGACAUCCUAGGAAGGGUCUGGGAUCUCAGUGAUAUUGACAAAGAUGGUCACCUGGACAAAGAUGAAUUUGCUGUGGCAAUGCAUUUGGUUUAUAGAGCUCUCGAGAAAGAGCCAGUUCCUUCUGUAUUACCCCCUUCUCUCAUACCACCUUCCAAAAGAAAGAAGACACCUGUAUUUCCUGGUGCAGUUCCUGUUCUCCCUGCAAGUCCUCCACCAAAAGAUAGCCUACGUUCUACCCCCUCUCAUGGUAGUGUGAACAGUCUGAAUAGCACAGGGAGUUUGUCUCCCAAGCACAGCAUCAAACAACCACAGCCAUCUGUGAAUUGGGUAGUACCACUGUCUGAUAAAGUGCGAUACGAUGAUAUUUUCUUAAAAACAGACAUGGACAUGGAUGGUUUUGUGAGUGGCCAAGAAGUAAAGGAUAUUUUUAUGCAUUCAGGUCUGUCCCAGAGUCUCCUAGCACAUAUAUGGGCUUUGGCAGACACAAGGCAGAUGGGAAAGCUAAGCAAAGAUCAGUUUGCACUAGCAAUGUAUCUCAUUCAACAGAAGGUCAGUAAAGGGAUUGAUCCUCCACAAGUGUUGUCUCCAGAUAUGAUCCCUCCCUCAGAGAGGAACACUCCCAUACAGGAUAGUUCAAGCUCUGUUGGAUCAGGAGAAUUUACAGGCGUGAAAGAACUUGAUGAUAUUAGUCAAGAAAUUGCACAGCUGCAGAGAGAAAAAUAUUCCCUAGAGCAAGACAUUAGGGAAAAGGAAGAAUCAAUCAGACAGAAGACCAAUGAAGUUCAGGAACUGCAAAAUGAUUUAGACAGGGAGACAAGUAACUUGCAGGAGCUAGAGGCUCAGAAACAAGAUGCCCAGGACCGCCUGGAUGAAAUGGACCAGCAGAAAGCCAAACUGAAAGAUAUGCUGAGUGAUGUAAGGCAGAAGUGCCAGGAAGAAACACAGGUGAUUUCCUCACUGAAAAUGCAGAUUCAAUCUCAGGAAUCAGAUUUAAAAUCGCAGGAAGAUGAUCUUAAUAGAGCAAAAGCAGAGCUAAAUCGCCUCCAGCAAGAAGAGACUCAGCUAGAGCAGAGUAUCCAGGCUGGAAAAGUGCAGCUUGAAACAAUAAUUAAAUCUUUAAAAUCAACACAGGAAGAAAUAAAUCAGGCAAGAAGUAAACUUUCUCAACUUCAGGAGAGUCAUCAAGAAGUCAAUAAGAGUAUAGAACAAUAUAAUGAAGCUCUUAAUGGGAUUCAUGGUGGUAGCCUGACAAAUUUAGCAGACAUAAGUGAAGGCCUUGCACAGACGGAAAGAAGCAAUUAUGCAGCUAUGGAUGAUCCAUUUAAGAAUAAAGCCUUGAUGUUUACCAAUAAUACCCAAGAACUGCAUACAGACCCAUUCCAAUCAGAAGAUCCUUUCAAAUCUGAUCCAUUUAAAGGAGCAGACCCCUUCAAAGGCAGUGACCCAUUCCAGCAUGAUCCUUUUGCAGAACAACCACCUGCUCCAGCAGAUCCAUUUGGAGGCGAUCCAUUUAAGGAAAGUGACCCAUUUCAUACUUCUGCCCCUGAGGAUUUCUUCAAGAAACAGGUGAAGAGUGACCCAUUUACCUCAGAUCCAUUCACAAAACCCCCUGCUUUACCAUCAAAGCCUGACCCUUUUGAAAGCAGUGAUCCUUUUACGUCUUCCAGUAUCUCUUCAAAAGGCCCAGAUCCAUUUGGAACAUUAGAUCCAUUUGGAAGUGGUGCUUUCAGUAGCAGUGAGGGAUUUGCAGACUUCAGUCAGAUGUCAAAGUCGGUAGCAUCAGAUCCCUUCACCUCCUCUUUUGGAGGAGUGGGAUUCUCAGAUGAUCCUUUCAAAAGUAAAUCAGACACACCAGCAUUACCACCGAAGAAAAAUGUCCCUCCACGACCCAAGCCACCCAGUGGUAAAAGUACUCCUGUAAGCCACCUUGGGUCUUCAGAUUUUCCCAAGCCCCAUGAUCCAUUCCAGCCAUUUGGGGCUGACAGCAGUGACCCGUUUCAAAGUAAAAAGGGGUUUGGGGACCCAUUUAGUGGAAAAGAUCCAUUUGCUCCCUCCUCUUCAAGUAAAACUUCUAAAGACUCUUCCUUGGGUUUUGCAGACUUCAGCUCUUUUGGAAAUGAAGAACAGCAGCUGGCAUGGGCAAAGCGUGAGAGUGAAAAAACAGAGCAAGAAAGACUAGCUCGAUUGCGGAGACAAGAACAAGAAGACCUUGAGUUGGCUAUUGCGCUCAGUAAGGCUGAUAUGCCAAGCUCUUAAAUAGAGGUUCUUUGGCUCUAUCCUGGCCAAAUGAAACCUUUAAACAUGGCUUUUAUAAAAGUACUAAAUUCUUGUUUUAUGUUGUGAAAAUAAUUCUAGUCACCUUCAACUCUAAGCAGGACUGGCUGGUUAUAUCAAGCUGGGCUCUGUGUGGCUUUUCAAGUGCAUAAUAUACAGGAAACACUGUAUAAGGCGUAUUGUAUGUUCUAGGUAAAAAUUACUGCUUGUAAGAAAUUUAACAUAUGAUCCUAAGACAUUGAAAGCAAAGUUUCCUUAUCUUAAGACAAUGUUGCAUAUAGUAAACUGCAACUUGUGAAUUUGGCUUUUUAUUACCCGAAUCACAUUGUUUUUUGAGGCUGCAAUAUGCAAUUAAAAGAAAAUGUCGUAAAAAGACAGUAUUUAUAGAAUUAGCUUUCACUUAUUACAUUGACUUAUUCAUGGUAGGCUAAUGAGUACAAAUCCAUUUAUGUCAAAGUCUUCAGCACAAAUUCAUUAUUAGGUGUUCCCUUUUUAUCAAGGAGAUGCAGCUGUUAGAGAAGAAUUUGAUAAUUUAGAAAUGAUGGAUACAGAGAACUGUAAAAUACUUUGAAUUUGAAGCCUCUAUGAAUGAGUAGUUCUUAUUUAAAGAUUUAUUUGCAUUGAGUUUUAAUAAUUUUGUGUGAUGUUGUAAAAGAGGGAGUUAAUUCAGUUGUAGUAAAUUGGACAAAUGAUGGCUUUGGCAAUUAAAUCAUUAGGUAAAGUCAUGCUUUAUCUCAUAAGCAAGUAUGUUUACAGAACUGUGACAAAAGUUUGAGUUCUUCUAAUGUAAGAUCAAACAACUGAAAACUUGCUAAGUUUGAGCUGUGCUCUUCCCUGCAACUUACUUUACCCUCUUUUACUCCAAGCACCAGAAAAUAGAUCAUAUUAUUGUAUUAUCCAGCUGACUGUGUGAAACUGUCUCUACCUCUGUUUCUUUAAUUCCACUGGUCUUAUAUUAUGGGGAUACAGAUCAAAAAUAGUUUAGCUGAAAUAUGGGCAAGUUGAAACAGAUUUUAUUUGCCAAAUACAUGUUCAUGCAUAAGUUACAGAAGUACUGGUAGACUGGGUUGGCUUUAAAAGGCAAGUUGCAGUGCUAAGUCCAAAUAGAAGCAGAUUUUAAAUAUACCUGUAGAACUCAAUAUAUGCCCGUGGUAAAGAUAAUGCAGAAUAUGUUUUACACGUCCUAUCUAAAAUAAGUCCUUAUGAUAAGUUUGUGACUUAUCUACUAAAUUACUUACUAAAAAUGCCUUUCUUGGUAAUUACAGGAAUUCUAACACUUCAGUUGUCUUUGCCUUGGACUCUUAUGUCUAAAUAGAGUAGACACCUAGCACAAAAUUUUCAAACUGUCCCUAAUGUAUGUCUGCUUUCCUGUCCUUGGUUCUGUAGGAAUACAAACUAGGUACUUAACACUCGGUGUUUUCACUGUUGCAGCCCUGAUUUUGUAAAAUCUUCUGUUUUUUGGAAAAUGUUUUUUGGAAAUUCCUUCAUCGUCCUUAAUGCAUUUACAUUUCUUAUACCCUUGCUUCCUUAUUUUUAUUUCUCGUGAUACAGUCAUAGUGCCUGUUUACUGAAUGAAAGCAGCCUGUCUCCAUCCUGUUCCAAUUGCCUUACUCUGAAGGCUUUCCUUAUGCAGAGGCAAAGAUCACGUUAGAUUAUUUUAAUCUAAUUAGCAGUUGCCAAUUCUGAAAUGCAGCUAAAAUGUAACGUUUGUCUCCAGCUUUUGUGAGUAGGUACAUCAGUGAGCGUGUGUCUGUGUGUGCCUGCACACGUGCACGCACACAGAUAUGUGCAACCAUCCGUUUACAUAUGCGGCAAUAUAUUUGACAAAACUGAAAAUCUGUAUCUCAAAGUACGUUUUCAGGAGUCGCAAUUCUGCACUUGCUGUGUAUCUCCUGUGGUAAUGGUACUGCAAAUACUGUGAAUCCGUGAUUUGCCUCAGAAGGGGAGAAUAUGCAUUCGAUUUAAUGCUCAAACCUGAGUUCAGAAAUUUCAACAAAUUCUCUUUGCUGUUGGUCUACUGGCUUCCAGGUCUCUGAAAGCAAAUUUGGCCUGUGUAUAACUGACAUGAGCUAAACCUUUUGCUGUGAAAGAGCUAUUUUCAAAAUUGUGUAAGAUUCUGCUUUUGUUUUGGGCCUGAGUCUUCAUGGUGUCUCCUCUGCUAUAACAAAACACCAUGCAUAUGUAGUGCCAUUUGAUAAAGGAAAGCCACUUUCGGACUACUGCCUGGACGACGCCACUCCAGUGGGACAGGUGGAUAAGUUAAAUAGCUUCAUUCGUUUUUCCUAGGUAGACACUGUGACAAGACAUUUUGCUUGUCAAUUCUCUGAAAUAGUGUGCUUUCUAACGCUUCUGAGGCAAUGAGUUGGUCUUUCCAAGAUGCUCAGCGAGCAGCCAGAAAUGUGAAUUAAUUAUCAUUCCACGUAGCGUUAGAACUAACUGUUCACUUUGGUGUUUGCUUAUGGACUCGUUCUCCGUAUUUGCCCGUACAGUAACGGAAGGUCAAGCAAAUUAACAGAUACAGAACGUGUCCUCUGUGCGCGGUGUAUUAGCGUUAGUAAUCCUAGGUUUACUGAAACACUUUUGAUUCAGAAUUUUAGACACUGCAGUACAGCUGUGAUUUCUCCCCGUCGUAUUUAACACAGGUUUUCCAUGAAAAAGAAAGUUUGCCCCCAUUCUUCCCUUAUGCAUGUAACUUAGUGUUUUGUACAAUACCUGUAUGUGCUCUUCUAAAACAAGAUUUUAUUGCAAGAUGUUGAUCUUAUUCUUCCUCCAGAACAGUGAAAUUUAAAGCACAAAUAGGCCUAUUGCUAUUUGGGCAGAUAAAUAUGUACAAUGCAAGAUAUAUAAAAUGUAAGUAUACACAAUGCAUAUACAGUG